AUGCAGCGUCCCCGCCGGCUGCAGAUGCACUCGUGCGAUGCCUGCCGCCGCCGCAAGAUUCGCUGUGACUCGGUCAGCAAGGAGCCAUGCAGUGCCUGUGUCAAGGCCGGGGUCGCGUGCAGGUUCGCAGUAGGCUGGCGAAGACGAAAGCGCCAACAGACGCCACCCCCAUUCGCAGAUACCCCGAGUAUUACCUCACACGACAUCAAUGACGAUAACCUUGCACCUCGCAGUGGAAGGAAUCAACGCGUCAACGAUACUAGCAAGACUGCACUCUCACCUUCCCUAGAGCAUCAUCAGCAGCAGAGACUACAUUACAUUCACGAGAGUCCAUUGACAUUGUCAGACCAGGCUCAUGCCGCGCCCUCAUCUGCUGCAUCAUCUGCUCCAGCCCAGGCAGAAAACCUUGCCUCUAUACCCAAUCCCAGCUUUCCGGCCACCGAAGUUACAACAUCCCUGGCAUUGGCCCAAACCUCUUUGUUUCGCUUCUUCAGAGAAGGCAUCUCCUCUUCAUCCUACCAUUGGGAAGUCUUCGACCAAACCGACCGUGUUCGUGUCGUCUAUGUUGGCACACACAUAUCCAACAUGACACAUCUCAUCAAGCUCGACCGUCCCGCAUCACCGACGUUCCUGAUAUACCCCUAUCCACAGAUCCAUGCUCCUCUGGCCUGGAAGCCGGAAUCCGAGGGUACAAGCACCAGCGGCAACAUCCUCUGCGACGUCAUGUCAUUUCCAGCCAAGGACAUUCGUGAUGACUUUAUUGAGGCCUUCUUCACAAAGAUACAUCCUUAUUUCCCGGUCAUGGACGAGGCCGAGUUUCGGACGAGAUAUGCUGACCCGAACAAUCAGCCUCCGCUCCUCCUAUUCCACGCCGUGCUACUCGCUGGGGCUCACGUCUCAGAGCAUCCGCGCGUGAUACAGGCAAGGCAUGUUGUCAAAGCCGUGCUUUUUAGCCGCGCAAAGCAGGUGUUUGAUAUGCGCCAUGAGAAUGACCGCCUCCACCUAGUUCAGGCCGCACUGCUUUUCACCCUGCACCUGCAAAACGGUGACACUGCCAGUGCCAACAGCUGGUUCUGGCUUGGCGUCGCCUGUCGUAUUGCUAUAGGCCUCGGUAUGCAUCGCAACAUACUUCAUGACCCUCCAAACCCUGAUCGUAUGCCACUGGCUGACCGACGACUAUGGCGGCGGACGUGGUGGACCUUAUUUCAAGCCGAAACCAUGUCCGCAUUAGAGCAUGGAAGACCGCCAAUGAUCCGCCUGGAGGAUUUUGACCAGGACCGAUUGACCAUGGAAGACUUGAUCGAGUCAGACGGUGCCAUCAACACAAAGAUUGACUUGGAGUAUUGCGUGCGCAACAUCGAGUUAUGCUACAUUGCCCUCGAAGUCAUGAGCUUGAGCGCACCUCGUUCAGCCGCGCGACAACAUAAUUUUGAUGUCAGUACGUCCAACUUGACCUCACGGCUUGCAUCGUGGAUGCUUAAAGAGUCCAAUGCCAGUGAUGGCAAAUCCUUGAACGACAGCUUUUGUGGACUGAACUUACGGUUGCACUACAAUAUGGUUGUCAUCCAUCUCUAUCGUGUCAUCACAGAUCGACCCAUGCUUUCUGGUGGUCGUCAAUUUGAGGAAGCCAUGAAGAUUAGCACUAGCGCAGCGACAACCAUAAUCUCGACCUUGGAGACGAUUCACGCGAAGAAAAUGAUGGCACAGUGCCACUUUCCGGCCGUCACCGCCCUCACUGCCGCGGCUAUCCAGGCCGCGAAAGAGCUACAGCGGGCUGUAGAUGACGGGAAUCCUAUGUUGGCCAUCAGUGAGUGGCAUCUUCUUGAUAGAGUCUGUACCGUAGCUCAACACCUGUCUGAGUUUUGGCCAAAUGCAGAGGGGGUGGGAAAGGUAUUCCGCAGUUUGUUUGACAAGUUCACUGGGGUGCUGAAUGCUGGCAUGCAAUGGAACAACAACAACCACGUGGACCCUGUGAAUGGUACUGAACUUGCCGGAACAGACAUGAAUUGGGCAGAUAUCUUGGGUUCCUCACUAUGGAUGCACUCUGGCCAGGGCGUGCAAGAAGGCGAUGAAGAAUGGGAGGCUUCGCUGUUUGCUCUCGCGAAAUGA